AUGUUAAGCAAUCUAAUAAAGAAAGCUGAUUUAUUGGUUGAUCCUUAUGAAUUUAAUGUUUCUCAUAAAUAGAAAUCAUUAACUCCAAUAGGUGCUAUGAUAUAUUAAUUUAUAGGUGGAUUUCUCAGUAUAUUACUUUUAGUCUUUACAUCAUUUUAUAUUAUUGGAGUCUUUUAAAGGAGUAUCUAAAAUUAAACUGCCAUUUAUGCUGGUACUCAAAGUGAUCAAAGUGCUGAAUUCAUUUUAAAUAAUGAAAAUACUAUUUUUUCACUUGAAAUAUCAACAUUAAAUGGAACAAUUUUGAAUAAUAAUACAGAUGUUAAGGAGUACUAUAAAAUUAUAUUCAUUUAUAUAGUUACUUUACUUUAACUGCUUAAUAUAUUUAGCAACAAAGAGUAGAAGGAAAGAUAGGAUUUACCAGAAAUUAUAGUCAAUUAAAUUAAACAAAAUGUUCCUAGGAUUCCAUUUCAAAAUUCAAUUUUAAUUCUGCCUCAAUGACAGAAGAAUAAUAAAAUAACUUAAUUUGUUUUAAUGGAGAUUUCAAUCUAUAAGGAUAAUUCUAUGAACCUUAUUUUGCUUAUAUAAAAUUGUCUGUGAGUGUCUGCAACAAUCGUACUAUUAAUACUUGUAAAUCCGAUAAGGAAAUUGAAGAUUUUAUAAAUAAAGGGUAAUAUUAAAAUAAUCAAUAGAGUUAAUGUGGAUAUGUUUAUUAGAGGAUCCAAAAUUAAACAAACUCUUAAUUUAACAAAUCCAGCUGAUAUCUUUUCUACUAACAUAUUUUGGAGAUUAACUACAGGUAUAGGAGAUAAUGAAGAUAUUUACAUGCAACCUUUAUAAAUGGAUUUGAGUAUCUAUUUAAAUUUAAUAUAGGAAAAAUUCAAUUUUUUAGUGAUUUAUUUAAUAUUGAAGAUACUGAAAUACUUUAUAAUAGUUCUGUAGUUCAAAGAUAAGAAAGAAGAUAAGAACCUAUAUAAAUAGUAUCUGGAGCAUCAUUAUGCACUUUUUAUUUAAGGUAAUUACAAAUUAAUUAAAUUAGAUCAUCAUCUGACACAUCUUAUUAUUUUGUUAAUUAAUAAGAUCUUCCAUCAAUAAUAUUAUCAGCUGUAUCUGAAGCUACUGCUUUAUGUCUAGCUGUAAUGUAGGCUAUUAAAAUGGUUUAUAAAUAUUAUAAUCAGCAUAAAACAUUUGAAAUCUUAAUGAAUUCUGUAUUUAAAUUUGAUCUUAAAACAGUAUAACAAAGAAAACAAACUCAUAUUCAUUAAUCACAAAUUCCUAAAAGAUCAAAUUCUGUUGAUAGCAAAAAUUCAAAAAUAUAAUUACAAUAGGUAAUAUUGAUUUGUAAUCUUAUUAGAUUUUAGAUUAUACAAUUCAUUAUUCUUUCCAUAAAUUUCUACUUUAUUAAAUUAGAAGAUUAUUCAAAAGAUUUUUUGGUAAAUGUUUCCAUUUAUCUAAUGAAAAAGAAUUAGUUAUUUCAUAAAUAGCAAAGUCUAAGAUAGAACUUGAUUUAGAUUUAACAAAUAUUUUAAAAAAGUUAUAUGAAAUAGAUUGUUUAAAAUUGUUCUUAUUUGAUGAUGAUUAAUUAGUGUUGUUUAAUACUUUUAGUUCUCCAGUAUUUUAAGAUUAAAUGUCAGAUUAAAAAGAAUUAUUUGAUAUUUUGAGAGCUAAUGCUAAAUAAGGAAGAUCAUUAAAUUAAUUGUAAUAAUAGCCUAUCACUUAAGCUAAUUUAGAUAAUCAGAAUUUAUAUUAAUAUGCUGCAACAUCAACAAGUAAAUAAAUUUUUUUAAUUUAGUACCAAUAAAUGUAAGAUUAGCUAAAUUGGCAAGAUUUUUCAAAGCAUAGUUAGGGGCUGAAAAUGCAGAAGAUUUAGUUGAAAAUUUUUAAAAAGUAACUUAGAAUAAGAAUUAUAAUUGGUAAAUAAAUAAAUAAUUAAUGCAAUUUGCUAUGUAAAAUUAGAGUUUAUUUCGUUUGGUUCAAAAGAAUUAUAUUACAAAUGAAAUUGAAUAAAAUUAAGAUUAAUAAAAAUAAUUAGAUGAUAAUUUUAAAUUAGAAGUACCAGAUGAAUUUGAUGAAGCUAAAAAUCAUUCUGAAGCUAUUGGUAGCAAAGAUUCAUUUAAAGAUUUAGAAAUUAAUUAAUCUCCUGAUAGUUUUUAGAAUAGAUUAAAGUGA